CUUUAAAAUCGCUAUCUGGAGGUUUUUGAGAUUGCUGAUUACUCUAACGUCCAAACUUUAAAAUGACGGAUACAAUAUGAUGGAUAAAAUGAUCAAAAUCAACUGGAUUUGUUUAAAAAAGACCGGGAUGGUUUUCUCUGUUAACACACGAGGUAUCGCGCGCGCGUGCGCGUCGCGUGCACGGUCUCGCUACAUUCGUACGCUCGUAGCGGUAGGGAAAGGUGUCGCGGACCGGCGGCGAUGUGACCGAGACUCGCAACGCGAGGACGACGAGAUACGCGUCUGGAGUCCGGAUGUUUUCGUCGACGAAGUGAUCCACGAUGAACCUCACCGCGGGCAACACGCACGGUAAUGGCUUGCUCUACGCCGGCUUCAACCAGGACCAAGGAUGCUUCGCCUGUGGCAUGGAGAACGGGUUCCGAGUGUACAACUGUGAUCCGUUGAAGGAGAAAGAGAGACACGAUUUCAGCGAUGGUGGCCUCGGAUAUGUGGAGAUGCUUUUCAGAUGUAAUUAUCUGGCAUUGGUCGGGGGUGGAGACAAGCCAAUGUACCCGACAAACAAAGUUAUGAUAUGGGACGAUAUCAAGAAAUUGCCAGCAAUCACAUUAGAAUUCAACGCACCUGUAAAAGGAGUCAAACUGCGGAGAGACAGGAUAGUGGUAGUGCUAGAGGGUGUUAUAAAGGUUUAUACGUUUACACAAAAUCCCCAACAGUUGCACGUAUUCGAAACUAAUCCUAAUCCGCGAGGGUUGUGCGUUCUGUGUCCAAACAGCAACAAUUCGUUACUCGCUUUUCCUGGACGAAAAAACGGCCAUGUUCAAGUUAUAGAUCUGGCUAAUACAGAGAAGCAACCCUUAAAUAUAGAAGCACACGAAACGCCUUUAUCUUGCAUAGCUUUAAAUCUGCAGGGCACCAGAUUGGCCACUGCCUCGGAGAAGGGCACUUUGAUAAGAGUAUUCGAUACGCAAAAUGGCAACAUGAUUAACGAAUUAAGAAGAGGAGCGAAUCAUGCGAAUAUCUAUUGCAUAAAUUUCAAUCACGAUUCUACAUGGCUGUGCGUUGCCAGCGAUCACGGCACCGUACAUGUAUUUGCCGUCGAAGAUCAAAAACUGAAUCGCCAAUCUAGCUUAGCAUCCGCCACGUUCCUGCCAAAGUACUUCAGCUCGAGUUGGAGUUUCUGCAAAUUUCAAGUGCCGGGCGGUCCCCAGUGCAUGUGCGCGUUCGGUCAGGAUAACAAUAGUAUCAUAGUGAUAUGCGCAGACGGUAGUUAUUACAAGUUUGUGUUCAACAACAAGGGUGAAUGCACGAGGGACUUUUACGCGCAGUUUCUCGAGUUGACCGACGACAAAGCGUGAUUGGAGGAUAUAUAACGACGGUGAAUUCCUGACCGCGUGUCGAGAGAUGACUUUCGCAUGUUCCUUCGUCUUUCUCACUUAUUUUGACUGAUUGUGAGUAAAAGAAGAACGAGCGGGUAUGGCUCGUAGGUAUAUUACAUUCAUGGAGAUUGCAGCACACUCGAGUUGUUUAUACAGAGGAAAUAACGUUUGUACCAAACGUUACGAUAGAGGACCAAAUGAAGAGUUCUAUUAAUUGUUGGUGAUAUCGUUCGUUGGUGUAUUUAUGUGCGAGUUUUCGAAAAAGAAAAAGGAGAGUAAAAUAUCGACAAAUUGAAGAGACAAAAAAUACCUUAACAGAGAUUGUGUCGUAAACUUGUUACACGAGCCUAUUCGCUAAAGACGCCUAUUGACAAGCAAAUUUUUAAAUGUAAACAGAAGGAAUACUUCCCCAGGUGAUAACAGGGGACAUCGCAAGUUACUUGUUAGCGUGAUACUCACGUUUUCUUACAUUUUAGAUAAGAAUGCUGCUGCAACUAACUAAAAGCGAACGUUGGCCAUAAAUUGUUGUUGUGGCAAAAAGCAAAUUUUUUGUAGCUUUGCGAUAAAGCGCUUUGCAAUGCAAUCGUGCAUCUUUAUCGAUCAUGUGUUUUCUAGUUGCACAAAAAUUUUUUUGUUAUAUAUAAAUACAUUAUAAGAGUGAUAUACAUCUUCGCUCUUUGACGAUUUUAAAUAGAUUGUUGUUACAAUCGCAUCCGCGUUUUUGGCGAUUCAUUGAGCACGCCUUUGUUUCAUAGCAGAGUCAUAUCAUGUAUACAUCAUGUCAUAUACACAUAUAUCGUACCGAAGUAUUGUAAUUUUUAUUUUCACGUUUUUUUCCAUACAUUUAAUAUACAUAUACACAAGAGAGAUUCUACACUUUAUAUCACACGAAUAUUGCCGCAGAUAACGAGGUUGUAAUUUCACAAACAAGUUGGGUUUAAGUAAAACUGAUGAACGAAAUAAAACUAAUUAUGCCACGA